UGGUCGGAGAAAAAGCUCGCUUUCAGCGAGUACUCCUGCAGCUUUGAGAAGAAGGGAGGAGGGCAAGCAGAAUUUCCGUAUCAACAUUAUCCGCAGAAGCUUUUCGGGAAGCACUUCAGCAAUGGCGGAGGCCCACCAGGCGGUGGCUUUCCAGUUCACCAUAACCCCUGAAGGGAUUGACCUGCAGCUGUCCUAUCAGGCCCUGAACCAAAUCUACCUGUCAGGGGUGCGAUCAUGGAAGAAGCGAGUCAGCCGCAUGAGGAACAGGGUGAUCAAGGGGGUGUACCCUGCCAGCCCCUCCUCCUGGCUCUUUGUCGUCAUAGCGAUCCUGGCCACCAUGUACAUGCGCUCUGAUCCCAGCAUGGGACUCAUUACAAAGAUAAAACAACACCUGCCACUAAGCCUCCAUGUGUCCCUCAGUGCUCAGGGACAGACAAUGUUGUCAGCCAUCGUCUUCAGCACUCUGCUGUGGCUCUCCCUCAUCCUCGCUCUCAGGUUCUGCCUCAAACUGCUGCUUUCCUACCAUCGGUGGAUGUUUGAACAGCAUGGCCGAAUUUCCAACGUCACCAAAGUCUGGGUGACUCUGUUGAGAUUACUGUCGAGCAGGAAGCCACUGUUGUACAGCUAUCAGACCUCUCUGCCUCACCUGCCUGUUCCUGCCAUUAAAGACACUUUGAGCAGGUACCUUAAGUCUGUGCGUCCACUGUUGGCUGACCCAGAGUACAAACGAAUGACUGAACUGGCCAUUCACUUUGAGUCAAACCUGGGAAACCGCCUGCAGCGCUACCUGAAGCUCAAAGCUCUAUGGGCAACCAACUAUGUGAGUGACUGGUGGGAGGAAUACAUCUACCUGAGGAGCAGAGGUCCUAUUAUGGUCAACAGUAACUACUAUGGCAUGGACUUCCUGUAUGUGGCCCCAACCUCGGUGCAGGCAGCCAGAGCAGGAAACACCAUCACCGCCCUGCUGCUCUACCGUCGAAAGGUCAACAGGGAGGAACUCAAGCCUAGUCGUGUUCCAGGUACUGUUAUUCCUCUGUGUGCCGCCCAGUGUGAAAGGAUGUUCAACACAACACGCACACCAGGAGACGAGACCGAUGUGCUUCAGCACUGGCUGGACAGCGAGUUUGUGGCAGUGUACCACAAGGGACGCUAUUUCCGUCUCUGGGUGUACCGGGCCGGCCGACUGCUGUCACCAAGAGAAAUCGAGUACCAGAUCCAGAGGAUUCUUGAUGACCCUUCACCCCCUCAGCCUGGAGAGGAGAAACUGGGAGCUCUCACUGCUGGAGAGAGGAUUCCCUGGUCUCAGAUGAGGAAACAGUACUUCAGCUCUGGUAUCAACAAGCGAUCGCUGGACGCCAUAGAGAGAGCAGCCUUCUUUGUGACUUUGGAUGAUGAGGAACAAGGCAUGAGGGGAGAGGACCCUGCUGGAAACUUGGACCGCUAUGCCAAGUCCAUACUCCAUGGGAAAUGCUAUGAUAGGUGGUUUGAUAAAUCCUUCUCCAUUGUGAUCUACAAGAAUGGGAAGAGUGGACUGAAUGCAGAGCACUCCUGGGCUGAUGCACCAACCGUAGCUCAUCUUUGGGAGUACACCCUGGCCACAGACGCCUUCCAGCUGGGCUACACUGAGGACGGCCACUGUAAAGGCGAGGUGGAGCGCUCACUGCCUGUACCCCAGAGGCUCACCUGGGACAUCCCAUCAGAGGUUCAGACCCAGAUCUCCAGCUCUCUGGCUGUUGCUCAGGAGCUGGCAGAUGACGUGGACUGCCACGUUUUUCCCUUCAGAGAGUUUGGAAAGGGACGGAUAAAGAAGCUCCGCAUCAGCCCUGAUGCAUUCAUCCAGAUCGCUUUACAAUUGGCAUAUUACAGGGAUCGGGGUGGAUUCUGUCUGACUUAUGAGGCUUCAAUGACCCGUCUGUUCAGGGAGGGUCGCACCGAGACUGUGCGAUCCUGCUCCAACGAAAGCUGUGCCUUUGUCAAAGCUCUGGAGGGGGGAGAGGCAGUAGAGCAAUGCAAGCAACUCUUCAGACAGGCUUCAGAGAGACACCAGAACCUUUACCGCAUGGCUAUGACUGGCGCUGGAAUUGACAGACACCUCUUCUGCCUUUAUGUGGUCUCCAAAUACUUGGGAGUGGAGUCACCCUUCCUAAAAGAGGUUUUGUCUGAGCCCUGGCGUCUCUCCACCAGUCAGACCCCAGUUCAGCAGAUGGAGCUGUUUGACCUGAAGAACCACCCGGAUUACAUAUCGCUGGGAGGAGGGUUUGGACCUGUUGCUGAUGAUGGUUAUGGGGUGUCGUACAUCAUUGUGGGUGAAGAUAUGAUAAACUUCCAUGUGUCCUCGAAAUACUCCUGUACUGAAACUGACUCUCACAGGUUUGGAGCUCAGAUAAGUAAAGCUCUCCAAGACAUCAUGGCUAUCCACUCUGCCGACACCAAAACCUCCAAAGCCCCAGCCCAGCCUCAGGCCAAGAAGCUCCUCUGAAUGUCGCUGAAAGUGUCUCUCCAUGGGGAUAAAUAAUCAUCUCCAGAUGUCUAGGUGUUAAAAACCUGUUGUUUAAAAUUCCUAUUCUGUUAUUUGAAGGGUCACAAAAUGGAUAUGAGUUAUAUCAAAGGGAAAUUACAGUCCACAUCUCCUACGUUUUAAGACACAACAGGAGUUAGUUUUCAGACAGAGACAGACAUGUACAGGGAAGAAGCAAUGAGCUCCUGGGGAUGUUAGACAAACAACCUGCAGCAUCAUUUCGACUUUAUUUCACUUCCAGCUCAGUGACAAAAGAAUAAAAACACAAACUGUACCUGUAUAAGAGCACUAAACUACGUCACCUUAGAGUUAUGAUUUGCAUUCUUCCUCAGCAGGAGCCAAUGGAAAUAUUUGACAGCUACUCAGCAUUCAUUUGUAUACUUAUCAGUGUUUGUUUUUUUUUUGUUUUGUUUUGUUUUUACUUGUAUGAGCUGUGACCUAUCUGUCAGAGAGAUUAAGCUUGGCAACACGUGAAUGCAAAUAAUGCCUCCAGUUCUUUGUUUCUUUGAGUGAAUAAAACUUAUGAUGCGCCACUUUGAAAGGGAGAGGGAACAGAUGUCAUCACUUAGGAAGGAAGUCUUUAGAAGAAUCUCUCAAAAGGACAUAAAUUAUCAAGAUAUCCUCAAUAAACAUGGUAAAAGGGGGUACCUUGCAAUGAUAUAAUGAUGGACAGCACAGAGUGUAUGUCAUAGAUCAUUGUAAAAGUCUUGGGAAAAGACAAAUCAAGAAAAACAGUUGACUUGACAAAAGCAGGGGUCAAUCUCAAUGAAGGGAAAUAGCUUCUUAGAGCCUUCUGACAAAAAAAAGCAAAGCCAUAAUUAAAUGUAUUAACUGGGACUGGAAGUUUUUAAACUAGACAAUGAAAGUCCAAGUAUAAAAAUUGCUACCAAAUCUGUUUUAAUAAGUUGAUGCUCAGUUAUUUCUGUCAGUUACCUGAUCUCUGUAAAAGCCAUGAACCAUAAUCUGGAUCAGAAGUUAACUACCUGAUCUCUCACUCAAGACCUCAAAAAGAAGGCUGAUGUUUUAAAAUGAAGAGCCCACAUGUUUGGUAACUUUUGAUAGUUGAAAAAAAUCUGUGAAAUAAAGAAAUAUAGAAGCUGAAAUUGGGGCUGAAAAUAUUCAAAUAAACAGCCUUAAUGUACUUGUACUUCCCUAUAAUAUAGUAUAAAACAUAAAACUCUUAAAUUGACAAACCAGUCUUUCUUUAUCAUUCAUGGUCUGUUUCAUUGAAGAUGCCUGAAACUGAAAGUGGUUCUUGAUGUCUUUGAAGUGUUUCAGAUUAGGAUUUUUGGCUUUCAGUUUUGACCUUCUUUCCUGUGCCAGCUGGAGGGAUUCCCCUUCUUCUAGCCGUUUAUAGCUGUGCUGUGCUUGAAUAAGAACCAUGGGAAACUUGACUAUGGAAAGUUUCUGUUAGUAUAUUUAAACUGAUUUAAUGUCUCAUUAAUUCCAAAGUCACUUUCAAUGCAGUUUUCCCAUGCAAGUUCAGAUCCACGCAACAUUUUCUGAUGAUACAAAUGGACACAAUCUUAAAAAUGUGCUUACUUUUUGGGCUGAGAUCAGGUGAUACACCCACUGUUAAACUCUGACAGUUUUAUUUGUGGCUAUGUGUACAAAGAAUUGAAGGUAACUUGAAAUAAGAGCAGAUUUUUUUUAUAUUUCCUUGUCAAUAUUGUCUCUUUGAGUAGAUCAGUGAUUAGGGUUUAGAUUUUUGUACAUUUGUUUUUCAGGAUAUCCUUCAGCUCAUCAGAAACAGUCAUGAUUUCCUUCCAUUGAAUGAAACACACUUAAGGGAUGGUUAUUCCUUCACUUUGUUCUUUUCUUACUGACCCAGGGAAGUUGUUGUACUUUUCAGGAAAAUUUGCCACCAAUAUCCACAUACUCUGCCUGCACCACUAUCCCCUUGUGAAGAGCCCUGUGGAGCACGUCACUCCCUUUCUACUCAGUCUUUGAAUUGUGCUGCACACUGCGCGUGCUCCAGUCUGUCUCUGGAAAAAAGAGCCACUCUGCUCCACUAUGCCAGGUCUGUCUUCAGCGUCACACCUAUUUUAAAAAGAGCUGAUUGAUCCAAACAGCCUGAAAAACAAAGCAAAGCAAUCUGUUAACUUCAAAACAAAACACUAUGCACAGACUUCUGAUAGUUAAUCAUCACUAUAUCAAUAUUACAGCUCAUCCUGCGGCAUAAGCAACAUAUGACCGGUCGGUCAGUGGAUCACAGAGCUACUACAGGGCUAACUUUUGGGUUGGAAACUACAGAAUACUACAGAAUUUUACAUGAAACUACACAUCCUUUGUAGGAAACACGGAUCUUUUAACUUCCUAAUGUCAAAAUGAAUUACAAAUCAACCCUAGAAAAGUAAAACAAUCUGUUUGCAUACAUGUCCUACUUGAACCUUUAUUUCUUCUGUGAUCUUGAAAUCUCAAGUUUCCAGCUCUUCAGGGCUGCGCAGCCCUCCAGAAAUGCUUUUAUUGUGCGAGGUGGCUCGUCAUCGGUCACAGCACAGGCAGAGUAUGUGGGUUUGAGGGGUUAAUCAGAAAAAAAUAAAAGUGAAGGAUAGAAGGGCUCCUUUGAACGUUAUGACUUUACUUUCAAACCUUGCACACUGAUAAGGACAGACAGAAAGUGGUAUCCACUCUCAUCACACUUAAAACAUGACUAAAAAUUCAACCUGUGACCUCUUGAUACUUUUCAAUAAGCUGUUUUUCAUUUUAUGAUGGUGACCCUACCUGAUAUAAAGUUAUGGCAUUAGAAAAACACACGUGCCUGAUUUCAAGUAUUCAUUCAGUGAAACUGUUUCAAUGCAAUCUCUAAUCAAUGCAACUCCUAAGGGAAACCUUAUAACUGCUCUUGUGUAACUUUGAUCUUUGUGUAAAUAAGAAUGUACUAAAGUCUUCUCUUUCCUUUCUUUGCAUUGUCAGAUGUACAGAUGUACAGUGAUGUGGUGGUUAACCAAAAAAGAACAAGUCUACUUUGCUCUGGUAAACAUUCAAAGGCUAACUCAACAACAAUUUACAGAGGUUGGCUUUGUUUUGGUGGUUUAACCUUUCACUACAUCUCUGCUCAUAUUCCUGUAUCUAUAUUUAGCUGGAAUGUUGACCCAAUAUUUUAUUAACAUCGGACCACAGUGGCUUCUGUUUCUGAUUCAGGUCCAUUUAGCAGCUGAUUUUCCAAAUUGUUGACUGCCAGAGCAAACUUUUAUUAAUCAUUACUCACUUAAAAAUCAACAAGACUUGUACAUGACUUGAGUCAAAGUUUUUAAGCUAAUUUCUAAGAUAAGGUAAACGUAGAAAUUGUCUAUAUCACUUAACUCAAAACUUACAGUAAAACAGUUUCUGUAAGCUGAUGGUCAAAAAUACAGCUUGUUCUUUUUUUAAUCACAGUAUUAAAUACUUUGUCUCUUCAAAAUAAAGUUUUUUUCUAGCUAUUACAAAGAGACUGAUUCAGGAUCUCAACCAAGGUUUGAAGCAUUUGAACAGAGGCAAUCAGUCUAACCAGUAUGGUGCUUUAAAUAUUUAAGAAAAGUUGUCUAUCAGAUCGAAGAUGAUUCAUUCCAACUCCUAAUUUCCCCCCCUGAUAACAGGAAUGAUACAUACUCACUAUUCCAGGAUAAAAAGAUUUUUUUAAAUGUUGGCUGCAAUAAAAUGCAUUUAGAGUGAUACAGACCUCAGGAGAUCAUCUCUCUACACGGUGCUUUACUCAUUGCCUCCGCCUGCCUUUAAAACCUGACGCCGGUCUAAUGAACUUCUUGCCUUCUUCUGCUCCACUGUGCCACAUUCAGUAUGAUGUUAUUAUAUAAUACUCAUUACCCAGUGCUCUCAGUCUUUAAUCACUUAGACAUUAAGACUCUGGCAAAAAUCUUACCAUUAGCAAAAGGCAAACUUUCACUUUUGGUUUCAGUAACUGACAAUGUCUUUUUUCUUUAAUUCUGGGAUUUUUUUUAAUGUUUUAUUUUCCUUGUAAUUUGUACAAGUGCUGUUUUAACUAUUGGUUAUUAGUGAUGGUUGAACAGUUUUUGAUUAAUUUUUAGGGUAUUAUAGUUUACUGAUUUUACACUCCAAAAGAUGCUUAAUAUUGCUGUUUUUGUUUGUCUUUCACUUAAAUACUUAUUCAGAUGUCAGUUGUUGACUUCAAUAAGAAGGCAUUUUACAGACGCUAAAGGUGUGAAAUAAAAUACUA